AUGGACACCCUUAUAAUGUUAUCGAUCAUGACCCUAGUGCUCGUUUCUGGGUCCGGAACCUCACGUGGUGCCACUCUUAUCGUGUCCAACCAGAUGCAGACACGUGAUAAUGUUUCGGUCUUCGUCACGUGUGAUAGCUUAUUAAAUCCUAAACUAUCCAAAUCCGUACCAUUGGGUCAAGUCUCGUUGACAGAGAUCCCAACCACUGCCGGACAUAAUGCGACCGAUGAUAAAUCGACUCAUGUGGCGUUACAGCAGACGAGUUGCGUAGGAACGUUUUACAAUGGGAUGAUCUACCCUUUGUACGAUUCAGACAAAGAUUCUACGGUGUAUAAAAAUGUGUGUGUCGUCGUUGCCAAAGACAAUAGGUUUUACCGGUGGAACAAUGACAAGAAUACUUGGGACGUGAUUCAGCCGAUCAUCAUUUUCAAUUAA